AUGAGCAUUAGUGAAGACGACGUGGAGAAGUUUCUUGAUGGCAACCCUGCUUUUGCCAAGCAGUACUUUGAGAAGAAACUGAAAACAGAGUCCUGCGAUGACAAUGAAAGUGAAAUUCUUUUUGAGUUGAUACAAGACAUGCAAGAAAGCAUCAACAUGGAGAAAGUUGUAUUCAAGACUUUGAGAAGAAUCAGGUCCCUUAUUCAUGCUGAUCGCUGUAGUCUUUUCAUGUACAGGCAAAGAAACGGCACACCUGAACUUGCAACAAGGCUUUUCAACAUUCAAGAGGGAAGCACACUGGAGGAAUGCCUGGUUUCCCCUGACUGCGAGAUAGUCUACCCACUGGACUUAGGCAUUGUGGGCUACGUUGCACAAACCAAGAAAACCAUGAACAUCCAGGAUGUCAGUCAGUGUCCCCAGUUCAGUUCAUUUGUUGAUGAGCUCACCGACUACACUACAAAAAGCAUCCUUGCAACACCCAUCUUGAAUGGCAAAGAUCUAGUUGCUGUCAUUUUGGCUAUUAAUAAGCUGAACGGCCCAUUCUUCACCAACUCUGAUGAAACACUUUUCCUGAAGUACCUGAAUUUUGCUUCCCUAAACCUGAAAAUUUAUCACUUGAGUUAUCUUCACAACUGUGAAACUCGAAGAGGCCAGGUGCUGCUGUGGUCAGCUAACAAGGUCUUUGAGGAAUUGACAGAUAUUGAGAGGCAAUUCCACAAGGCCUUCUAUACAGUGAGAGCAUAUCUGAAUUGUGACAGGUACUCAGUAGGCCUCCUGGACAUGACAAAGCAGAAGGAAUUUUUUGAUCUAUGGCCUGUCCUGCUGGGAGAAGUUCCCCCUUACUCAGGACCUCGCACUCCGGAUGGCAGAGAAAUAGUCUUUUACAAAGUCAUUGAUUAUAUAUUACAUGGAAAAGAAGACAUUAAAGUCAUCCCAAAUCCUACGCCAGAUCACUGGGCACUAGUUACUGGACUGCCAACAUAUGUGGCUGAAAGUGGGUUUAUUUGCAAUAUUAUGAAUGCUGCUGCAGACGAGAUGUUUAACUUUCAGGAAGGUCCUCUAGACGAAUCAGGAUGGACUAUCAAAAAUGUUCUCUCCAUGCCAAUAGUCAACAAAAAGGAAGAAAUUGUUGGUGUUGUCACAUUUUUUAACAGAAAAGAUGGGAAACCAUUUGAUGAACAGGAUGAGACCCUGAUGGAGUCCCUGACACAGUUUUUGGGCUGGUCAGUACUCAACACAGAUACAUAUGAUAAGAUGAACAAACUGGAGAACCGGAAAGAUAUCGCCCAGGAUAUGGUGCUCUACCACGUGAAGUGUGACAAGGAUGAAAUUCAGGAAAUUCUGCCAACACGAGAAAAGCUGGGGAAGGAGCCAAGCGAGUGUGAGGAAGAGGAGCUGGCAAGUAUUCUGAAAGAGCAACUCCCAGGGCCCAGCAAGUUUGAAAUCUAUGAGUUCAGGUUCUCAGAUUUCGACUGCACUGAACUGGAGCUUGUGAAGUGUGGCAUUCAGAUGUACUAUGAGCUUGGCGUGGUGAAGAAGUUCCAGAUCCCACAGGAGGUUCUGGUGAGGUUUGUGUACUCUGUCAGUAAAGGCUACCGGAAGAUAACGUACCACAACUGGCGCCAUGGCUUCAACGUUGCACAGACCAUGUUCACACUUCUCAUGACAGGCAAACUGAAGCGCUACUACACAGACCUUGAAGCCUUUGCAAUGGUAACUGCUGCUCUGUGCCAUGAUAUAGACCACAGAGGAACCAACAACCUCUACCAGAUGAAAUCUCAAAAUCCUUUAGCUAAACUUCAUGGAUCUUCAAUUUUAGAGAGACAUCACCUGGAUUUUGGAAAGUUUUUGCUCUCUGAAGAGUCACUGAAUAUAUGCCAGAACCUCAACCGGAGACAGCACGAGCACAUGAUUCAUCUGAUGGAUAUUGCCAUUAUAGCAACAGAUCUGGCACUCUACUUCAAAAAAAGAACAAUGUUUCAGAAGAUUGUUGAUGAGUCUAAGACAUAUGACAGUACAACUGCCUGGACUGACUACCUGUCUCUGGAGACGACAAAGAAAGAAGUUGUCAUGGCCAUGAUGAUGACUGCCUGUGAUUUGUCAGCAAUCACUAAGCCUUGGGAAGUCCAGAGUAAGGUAGCUCUCCUGGUAGCAGCAGAAUUCUGGGAGCAAGGGGACUUAGAAAUAAGCGUCCUUCAGCAGCAGCCCAUUCCCAUGAUGGACAGGAGGAAAGCUGCUGAACUCCCAAAGCUUCAAGUGGGUUUCAUCGACUUUGUGUGCACAUUUGUCUAUAAGGAAUUUUCACGUUUCCAUGAGGAAAUUCAGCCUAUGCUUGAUGGGCUGCUGAACAACAGGAACGAGUGGAAGACCCGUGCUGAUGAGUAUGAUGCAAAGAUGAAAGCUCUGGAGGAAGAGAAGAAAAAGGAGGAAGAGAAAAUGGCUGCGCAGAAAGAUGGAAUAACCUGCAACGGAGGAACAGCUCCAAGUUCAAAAACCUGUAGUAUACUUUAGAUCUAUUUCCAAGGCAAUUCAUCCACCCAAAAUGAGAAUGCCCAUGUUUAGAAACAAACAACAACAACAAAAAGUCCUGGCUUAAAAUAUAUAUUCCUGCUUGGACAAUUUUAAUUAGGCUUAUGACCAACCAAGGAAGGGCUAGAUCUCGUUUGCCUUAAUUGCAUCUCUUCUUGAUGCUAAGGGACCCAUCCUGUCCUGACUCUCACUGCAUUUAACAUACCUGAUGGUGUCAGAUGGCACAUGGCAAGUCAGAGCAAUGUUUGGCCCAAUAUAUCAGGUUGCGUGGCCACAGAAGAAACACUGCUCCAGCACUGAAAUACUGCAGACCCCAAAGCUAACAAAGCCAGUGAAUCUCCCAGAUUGUCCAUGUGUGCAAGGAAUAGCCUGCAGAGUAGAAAAAGUGAAGAACAGCUAAAUUUAUAAUAUCUAAAUCUCUGUCUUUGAGGAUAUCAGAAAGAAAUCUGUAGGUGGGGAUGAAGCAUGAGAACUUUUGAGCUGUUCUAGAAGGCUACAUUUCUCUGUAAGUCCAAGGAAUGCACAUAGUAGUAAUUCUGCAUUCACUUUGGGAAUUUGGGUUGGCUGCUGCUGUACGCAUGAUCCCUCAGCUGCAAGACCCAGUAGAUGCUGGCUUCACAAACAGGACCCACGUUGUGCACGAUCGCAGGCUCUGUGCUGUGACAUGUGGCUGUGAGAAGGCAGUGUCAUCACUACCCACUGCAGCGCCUCAUACAGUUACCCACACAACCUGAACUGUGGCAUCUGACUUUGUUCUGUUUUACCUUGUGAUGCCAGUGCUAUCUAACACAUCCUCCUUCGAUUGGUAUCAGCCCUCCUCCUUUUCUCCUCCUGUUCGAGAUGUCUGAUUUUCUCAGUCCACUUCAAACUUCAAAAGAGUGAUGAAUUCUACUCCUUUAUUUAAGUUAAUUAGUUUUCCUGUUUAUUAAUGUAACCAUGUUAGAAUACUCUUAUCGUAAAGACCCUUCUCUACUCCCCUGCCCUCUCUCUCUCUCUCUCUCUCUUUUACUCAGAGCAUGGCGGGCACGUCAGCCAUGUAAUGAGAGUUCUGAUUUGUGGGGAUCUUCUUCUAUUACUCCUGCUACCUUCAGUAUUUUUAUCCCUCAGUAACUUAUUUUGCAUUACAGAAGUACUGUAAGUAGAAGGAAAUUAUAGCCAUAGCAGUAUCUGGUGACUGUUUGUCCAGAUCCCAGUGCACUAAGAAGUAAUCUUCUGUCGCUAUGCAGCUAUUGUGUGAGCAGCAAGUUGUCCUUCAAGAGAACACAAAAACCUCUCCACUUGCUCAAAAGCUAAAUAUGCAGCUAGUAGUUGGUUCGUGUUGUAUAUCUCAGCUUCAUCUGCAACCACGUAGGAGGCUUGCAUCACAUGGCAGCACUUCCAGGACACCAAGCCAAACAAGUUGUUUCCAGUGGGCAAUAUGCCGUGAGAUGAUCUUAUUGUGGUGUGCUAAGAAGUGGGUUCUUAAGAUCACUUCAAGUCAUUGUAAGCUAAA